AUGUUUGCCGUUGCGCUCUGGUUGGUAUGCGCCUUGCUACCAUGGGAAGCGACGUCAAUGCGGGCGGACCACCUGGCGCAACUGCGCCAGGAAACGGUUGACAUGUUCUAUCACGGAUACAGCAAUUACAUGAAGCAUGCUUUCCCAGAAGAUGAGUUGAGGCCACUUACAUGUGGUGCCUUGACUCGAGAUCGCAAUGACCCAACCCGAAUAGAGUUAAACGACGCCCUCGGCAACUAUUCCCUGACCCUGAUCGAUAGCUUAUCAACGCUCGCGAUAUUGGCAGGUGGCCCGCAGGAUGGCUCCUAUACUGGUCCUCAAGCUCUCAGCGAUUUUCAAGACGGGGUUGCCCAGUUUGUUCAUUACUAUGGCGAUGGCAGAGCUGGUCCAUCUGGGAUCGGGGCACGUGCCAGGGGAUUCGACCUCGAUAGCAAAGUCCAGGUGUUCGAGACGGUGAUUAGAGGGCUGGGUGGUCUUCUGAGUGCGCAUUUGUUUGCCAUUGGAGAGCUUCCUAUCCUAGGAUACGAUCCGAAACCUUCAACGGCCCCCGAAAACGAGGACCCGCUGGAGCUCGCUCCAAUUCCAUGGCCAAAUGGACUUAAAUACGACGGCCAGUUGCUGAGACUUGCUCUCGAUCUCGCAGAAAGGCUGUUGCCAGCGUUCUACACCCAGACUGGAAUCCCAUACCCUAGGGUGAAUCUUCGUUAUGGUAUUCCUUUUUAUGUCAACUCGCCGCUCAACAGGGGACCGGAGGAGUUGAAAGAUGAAGAAGGGCGGGUAGAAAUCACGGAAACUUGCAGUGCAGGCGCCGGCAGCUUGACACUGGAGUUUACGGUUCUCAGCCGCUUAUCCGGUGAUCCAAGAUUCGAGCAUGCGGCCAAGAGAGCUUUUUGGGAAGUUUGGCGACGAAGGAGUGAAAUUGGCUUAAUUGGUAACGGCAUCGACGCAGAGCAAGGAUUUUGGAUUGGCCCUCACUCGGGUAUUGGCGCGGGCAUGGACAGUUUCUUCGAAUAUGCAUUCAAGAGCCAUGUUCUGCUCUCUGGCCAAGACAUGCCCAAUGCGACCAUGUCUCGAAAGCAAAGCACGACAAAUUGGUUGGAUCCGAAUUCUCUUCAUGACCCUUUACCGCGUGAAAUGCACUCGUCUGAUGCUUUUCUGCAGGCGUGGCACCAGGCACAUGCGUCUGUGAAGCGACACAUUUACACAGACAGAAGCCACUUUCCUUAUUAUUCCAAUUCUCACAGGGCCACGGGUCAGCCGUACACCAUGUGGAUUGACAGCCUCGGCGCGUUUUAUCCUGGUCUUUUGGCUCUGGCUGGUGAAGUUGAUGAAGCUAUUGAGGCAAAUCUUGUGUACACGGCGCUGUGGACAAGAUAUUCGGCUUUGCCUGAGCGCUGGUCUAUUCGGGAGAACAAUGUCGAGCCAGGGAUUGGUUGGUGGCCCGGGCGACCAGAAUUCAUAGAGUCAACGUACCACAUCUAUCGUGCGACCAAAGACCCCUGGUAUCUCCACGUUGGUGAAAUGGUGCUGAAGGACAUACGCCGUCGGUGUUACGCACCUUGUGGUUGGGCGGGGUUGCAAGAUGUUCGCACUGGAGAGAAGCAAAACCGCAUGGAGAGUUUCUUCCUCGGCGAGACUACCAAGUACAUGUAUCUCUUGUUUGACCCAGACCAUCCUCUGAACAACCUCGAUGCAGCGUACGUCUUUACCACUGAAGGGCAUCCUCUCGUCAUACCGAAGCAGAAGAAUAGCAACCUCGGCCGCUCAAGGACGCCAGCUAGCAACUCGAAAGAGGUAUCAGUCUCCAGCUACCACAAGGAGAACUUUACCAAUACCUGCCCGGCUCCUCCGCCGGUAGCUGAUCCCCUGACGGGAUCUUCCACCGCCUCCAGACCAGAUUUGUUCAGCGUAUCCCGGUUCACAAAUCUCUACAACACGCCAAACCUUCAAGGACCUGUUGAGGAAGUUCUGGUACACGACGAGAAGAAGGGUUUAGUCACCAAAUACCGUGCCACAUCCAACCACACCAUCUUUCCAUGGACGCUUCCUCCCACCAUGCUCCCAGCAAACGGGACCUGCGCUGCUCCGCCUCAACGCGUCAUAUCAGCAAUCGAGUUCCCAGCCACCGAUGCUACAAGCUCGCUGAUUUCGAGAUUCGGCGCCUCUCUUGCAUGGCAUAGCUACCUUGGCCCUACAGUCAAGAAUCUCGAGGGUCUUCGGCUACAGCUCGAGCGAGAAUUCAGCGAUUCCCGUGGCGAAUAUAUCUGGAAGAUAACCCAUGUGGGCAACACCCAGCUUGGCCGUCACGAAACAGUCUUUUUCCACGGAGAGCAUGUCCGCCACCUCAAGGACGAUGCAUUUACCUGUUUGCGACGCAAAGACGUGGUUGAUGUUGAACUCCUCGUUGAGGUGCCGCGCCCGCCAAAUUCCACCUCGUCCGCCACCCCUGAAAAUACCAGCUCACCAUCGCCAUCAUCAUCAUCACCAUCCGCCUUUCUCUCCAGCAACAGCAGCCCUGACCUCGACGACGCCGAUCUGGGCGUCUUCCCGUCCGAGUCUCUAUUCAAGAACCUCCUACGGGCAGUGACCUCCGUUUUCGAUCCCGCAGAAACAGAUACCCCCGAGUCAGAACCGCACGACUCCAUGUCCGCAGCAUUUUACACCUGGCAGGCAUAUACUUCCGUCGGUGCCGGAUCCUACCCCGUCCCCUCAAUCCUCGAUACCCCUAUCCCCGGUGGACCGACAUACAACUCGGCCGACCCCCUGGCGAACUUCCCCUGGAAAGCAAUCUACAUAGCUGACCAGGCCUGCUCCAGCCCUCUCCCGGAAUCCGCAUCCAGAGACCACCAAAUCAUCAUCGUAAGGCGAGGCGGUUGCUCCUUCAGCGAAAAGGUAGCAAACAUACCGGCCUUUGUGCCGCGCCGAGACGCUCUACAGCUGGUAAUCGUUGUAGAUGAAGCCGAUGAGCGUGGUCGGCACAAGGACGAGCUACCUCGGCCGUUGCUGGAAGCGGAACAACUCACGCCAAAGGGGAUGAAGAGACUACAUGGUGUGCCGUUGGUGCUGAUGCGCGUUGGACGAGGAGAAUACGACUUGUUUGGAAAUGCGCUGGCUGUCGGCAUGAGGAGGAAGUACACCAUUGUGAGUCAGGGACUUAUUAUUGACAAUGCGGUGGUGUUAUAG